GUUUAAGAGUGAUGAGAUGUCAAGAAAGAUUUGAAGUUCCAACUUGCAAAGCCGAAGUUUUAUUUGGGAGAAAAUCAGAGUCGCUACCUAAGCUUCCUUCCAUUCGAUAGCAACUUGGCCCAAGCUUUUCCUCUGUUGGGAGUUCUUCUGGAGUCACGAGUUCACCUAUAUCGAGACUGCCGGCUGGCUGCCGAAACACGCGGCAUCGUUUCCUGGAUUUGCCAUCGCAGUGCAAUACAUCCAGGCGCAACACGGCUCUGUCAUUUCAAAAAUCCCCUAGCAUUGCUUCAUUGUUCUUUCUACCGAGGCCUGGGGCCUAUUCAAAAUGUCUCAAUCACUUGCCCCAGAAUGCAACGAGCUGAAAGAACGCUACGACACCUGCUUCUUGAAAUGGUACAGCGAAAAGUACCUGAGGGGGACCAGUACCUCGGACAAUAACGAAUGCGCCACCAUGUUUAAGGAGUACAACCGCGCACUCAAGGAACGGGGGAUAGACAAGUUGCUGGACGAGGCCCGCGAAGACUUUAAAGAGAAUGAUGCAACGCUGCUGGGGAAGAAGAAGUCCCACGACAAACUCCCCAAGGCAUGCUCCGCCGGUAGCACACCACCACCACUACGCGAUUCUAUGCACCCCUUUUCCGUCUUGACACUCGGCAUCUUCGUAGCUGGCUACAUCACCGCCCGAUGGGACCUGGUCACUCGCCUCUAUGAGCUUGCUAUCUUUGCUUGGGAUUACGGAGUGGUUGUAAUGCUCGCCCACCCCCUCUUCCCCCCUCGUCUCCGCUUAAGCCACCCCGCCUCGUUGUCUAACCUGCGCACGUCUGCACAGUCUCGAGCCGCCAAAGGCUUUGCCGCGCUUUCACUUGUGUUCCUGCUCAUCUUUAUACCCGUGGAACGUCUCGCAGCCCGGGAGUCGACUCUCCACCCGCGAGCACCCGGAUCCGGCGUAUCGGCCAGAGAGCAGUUGAGAAGACGGGGAUCUUUCUAG